AUGCAUGUCUCCACAUAAAAAUUCGCAUUACCUGUAUAAUAAAAGCCAGCAAAAAAACCAGAGCAGAAUUACUGAGAAAUAAAACGAAGAAGUAAAUGAAAACUGGAAUUGGAAUUCCGUUCUCCGACCCAUCACUUUACAUAUACGGAGACAAGAUGUAUUGCAUGUUGAGGAGGAUCUGUAGCAUUUCUUCGUAGCAUUUCUUCCUACAAAUACAUACUGGACGAUUAACACUGACACAAAGUUGGUUCAGCAUUGUUGGGCUGAACCGAGUUGACCACGCUCAAAUUUUCAGUUAUUGGUCGACUUACACCAACGUUUCAGAUAUUAAUUGCAUUUGUAUAGCACGACAUUUAUUAAUUUUUAAAUGGCGUUAAAAGUUAGCAUGGGAUUCAAACGGUAUGGAAGGGGGGAGUUUAUCCUUAAUAAUCUCAACAUGGAAGUUGGCCGAGGGGAAAUCUAUGGAUUACUGGGGGCGAGUGGUUGUGGGAAGACCACUUUAAUCUCUUGCGUGGUAGGAUUAAGAAAGCUUGACAGAGGAACAAUAGAAGUGUUUGGACAGGAGCGAUAUGGAAAAGUGGGAAAUUUAUGCGGAUAUAUGCCGCAGGAACUAUCCCUGCUAAAAGCUUUGUCAAUUGCCGAAGUGCUGAGAUAUUUUGGCAUGAUUUACGGAAUGAGCUCAGAAGCAAUUGAUGAGCAAAUAAAAUUUCUUGCCAACUUUCUAGACUUACCUUCGGUUAACAGUUCCAUACAAAAUUUAAGUGGAGGUCAAAAACGUCGCGUAUCUUUGGCGGUGGCCAUGAUUCAUAAUCCACCACUGCUCGUCCUUGACGAACCUACCGUUGGGGUGGAUCCAUUACUAAGACAACGAAUCUGGGAGCAUCUCACCCAAUUAUCAAAAGAGAGGGGAACUACAAUCAUUUUAUCGACGCAUUACGUCGAAGAAACGAAGCGUUGUCACAAGAUUGGAUUUAUGCGAAAUGGCCAACUAUUAGCUGAAGACAAUCCUCAGUCCCUUCUAUCCAGAUACAAGACUGAAAGCUUGGAACGAGUUACUCUUCAAUUAUGCCGACAAGAUGAACACAUCCCGGACAUUUUAGGAGAUAAGGAUUCGUCUCAAUUUGAGGAAAUCAUCCAAAUAAAAUCCUACCGGAAGUUCUCCUUGUCGCGUCAAAAUUCGUGGUUUAGUCUCUCAUCAAAACAUAGUCCGUCACCUCACGUACAAAUAAAUCAUGCCAGGAUAUUCUACGCACUAGUUUACAAAUGGUGGCACCGACAUCGCCGAGAUUUGAGAAUGGCUUUGGUCGAGUAUUUCAUCCCAAUUAUGGUUAUAUACCUUUUCCACAACAUUAUCGGGGUGCCACCACGAUUCCUAAAUGUCGGAGUAGUCACAAACGCUGCUGAGUUUGAUAAUUAUCCCUCAGUGAAAUCCUACUGUGAUUACAAUGCCAAUUCGACUAACUGUUUCGAAAAUAUUGGGAUUUGCAAUUUCCUGAACAAAUUUGAUGAUACUGAAUUCACUUGGAUUCACACAGAUUCCUACCAAGAAGCCUUGGCGAGCGUAAAACUUGGCAAUCAUUUGGCUCUGAUAGAGUUCCCCAAAAAUUUUACGAAUCACCUUAAGAACAGAAUGCUUCACCAGAAUUUUGCUGAUAAUUCGACAAUUUUGGGGUCCACUAUAUCAAUUCAAAUGGAUGAGUCAAACGCCAUAACCCAGGCCUGGGUAAAAAAGACCAUCGUAGAGAAAUAUAUCCAAUUCGUGCAAGACAUUGUGAAUAGCUGCUCGACGAAUGAUAAUGUGAUCCAACAAAUUCAACCACCUUUAGAGUUUAGCGCAAUAUACGGAAACGUUGAGCUUGGUAGUUUCAUCCCUUACAUGCAACCUGGUCUAAUCGUUAUGUUGACCUUCAUGUUAUCCAAUGCGGUCGCCGUACUCUGGGUGGAAGACCGGAAGGAAGGUUUGGAGGACAGAGAUUACGCCGCCGGUGUCACAAUGAUGCACCAAAUGGCGAGCAGCUUUUUUACGCAGUCCAUCCACACCCUGAUUGAAUCCAGCAUCUGCUUUGGAUUUGUUUGUGGCGUGUACGGCAUGGAAAUCAACGGUUCGUGGUUUCUCGCGGGUGCAAUAGUUUACCUUUCAGCCGUGUCCGGAACGACGCUUGGUUGGAUGGUAGCACUGGUAUUGAAUGAAUUGAUUGACACAAUACUUAUCGUCUUGAGUAUAACGAUUUUGCAGGCUUUCUCGUCUGGACUCAUUUGGCCGAUUGAAAUGGUAGUCGCCGGUUAUCGAAACUUUGCCAAAUUUCUUCCAACGACACACGUGAUGGAAGCGUUUAGAUCAAUCUGCACGAGAGGGUGGGGGUUGGACCACCCUGUUGUGGCAAAGGGCUUCAUCUCAGCCGCAUGUUGGAUUCUCCUUUCUAUCGUUAUUUGCACAUUGGUCGAGAGGCGAAGACAUAGAUAAGAUAGUCCUAUAAUUAAUGCAAUGAAUAUGUUUUUGAAUAAAUAAAAUAUUAUUUAAUUAAUAAACGAGGUCCAAUUCAAAAAAGCAAAGUUCUUCGGUGA